UCAGUAGUGGUGGUGAUGAUGGCGUCGGUGGUGGUGGUGGUGAUGGUGGUGGUGGUGGUGAUUGGUGGUGGUGAUGUUGCAUGCAGCGAGUCAUCACCAACUCAACCAGAUAUUAAUGCAGAGUCGCAGUACUGGAACGGACUCAUGCAGGAGAAGAUAAGGAAGGCGAUCGGGCAAGAAGUGAACACGGGGAGGGCUAAGAAUAUUGUCCUCUUCGUGGGUGACGGUCUGCGUCUGCCAGUGUCCACGGCCGCCAGACUCUACAAAGGGCAACAGUACGGGCAGUCGACGGAACAGAGCUGCCUUCUAUGGGACAAGUUUCCUUACACGGGGCUAUUGAAGAACUAUGGGCCUAACACACGGACACCAGCCAGCACUGCAAACCUAGCCUCUGUAGUCACUGGGUUCAAGGUCCGCCCAGGCACGUUAGGGGUGGCCAAUGUGGAGCCCGGGGAUUGUGUUGCCUCGCUCAGACCCGAGAACCAGCUGGACACGAUUCUAGACUGGGUGCAACAGGCGGGCAUGGACACGGGCAUUGUCACCACACACGCGGUCACCAUUGGCACGUCCGCGGCCCUGUACGCCAAGUCUGCCCGGAGCGAGUGGGAAUGUAAUGACCAGACGGAGGAGGAGGCGAAGGCGAAGAGCGACUGUAAGGACACAGCCAGGCAGCUGAUAGAAGACGAGCCGGGAAGGAAUAUCAAGGUCGUUUUGGGAGGAGGAAGAAGACAACUUGGAGCAGAGGAAGAGGAGGAAGAGGGGGAGAGGAAGAACAAUGGCUGCAAGAGAGGAGAUGGGAGGAACCUGGUGGAGGAAUGGAAGAAGAAGAGAGAAGAGGAAAGAAAAGGAGGAGGAGGAGGAGGAGGAAGAGGAGGAGGAGGAGGAGGAGCAUAUGUUACUACAACCUCAGAACUUAUGGCAGUCAACAUCUCUAAUACAGAUUAUUUAAUGGGCCUGUUCGCUGGCGGGCGUCUUCCCCAACACCACGAGCGGGCGAGAGGGCCCCGCGGCACCCCCAGCCUGGCACUGAUGGCCGUCAAGGCGCUGGCACUGCUGAAGAAGAGCCAGAGGGGGUUCUUCCUGAUGGUUGAGGACAGGCAUAUCGGCGCGGCCCUCCGUCACUCCAACAUGUCUCGACACGCCCUGGAGGAGGUGCUGGAGCUGGAGAGGGCGGUGUUGGCGGUGGUUAAGCGGGUGGCGUUGAAGGAGACGCUGCUGGUGGUGUUGGGUGACCGUGGCAGCACCCAGAAUACCCACGAAUACUACUUAACUUUCCACGACCACACUGCUACUAUUAUGAACGAUGACGGCGACAGCACAGCGGACAUGGAUGAUGACUCUCGCGGCUGGGAUGACGCGGUGUAUGCGGCAGGUCCCAUGAGUCAGCUGGUCUCCGGUGUACACGAAAACACGUACAUGGCGCACAUCAUGGCCGUGUCUGCGUGUGUGGGGCCGUACGCACAUGCAUGCCCACGCCCACACGCACACGCACACACACCAGAAAGUACACACGAAAACGCACACGCAUCCGUAGGUACACACGCACACACAUCAGAAAGUACACACGAAAACGCACACGCAUCUGUAGGUACACACGCACACGCACACACACCAGAAAGUACACACGAAAACGCACGCGCAUCUGUAGGUACACACGCACACGCACACACACCAGAAAGUACACACGAAAACGCACACGCAUCUGUAGGUACACACGCACACACACCAGAAAGUACACACGAAAACGCACACACAGCCCAUUACACAACCGCACACGCACACACAUCAGAAGGUACACACGGAAACGCACACACAGCCCAUGACACAAACGCACACGGCCAAGGUGCACACACGAACACGCACACAGGUACCGGAGACGCACAGACACACGCACACAACCACACAGGUACACAUGAGGAAAGUACACACACAAACGAACACAAACAACACCAGACUCACACAGCCACGCACACAGACGCACACGCACACGCAAACACACACACACACACACAAACGCACCCAUAUUUUGACUGCCCUGAGCCCGAGCUACUGGGAAAAGAAUGGUGGGAGGAGGAGGAGGAGGAGGAGGCGAAGGAGGAAGAUGGGAAGGUUAAAGUAGAAAUGAUGGAUGGUGAGGAGGAGGAGGAAGGGAAGAAGAAGGAAGGAAAGAUGAAGGAGGAGGAGGAGGAGGUGGAGGAGGUAAAAGUAGAAGAGAAAGAAGGAAAUGAAAUGGAGAAGGACGAAGAAAAGAAGAAGGAGGAGGAGGUGGAGGAGAAGAAAAAGAAGAUAUUGGAGGAAGGAAGAAGACGCUAUUUAGAACUACUGAAGAGGAAAGUCUCCUCCUCCUCCUCCUCCUCCUCCUCCUCCUCUACCCACCCACUCCUCCUCUUCCUUCUCAUCUCCCUUCUCUCUUCUCUCCCUCACCUUCCCAUUCCCAAGUAAAUUCUUUCUAACUACUACUACUACUACUACUACUACUACUACUACUACUACUACUACUACUACUACUACUACUACAACUACUACUACUACAACUACUACAACUACUACUACUACUACUACUACUACUACUACUACUACUACUACUACUACUACUACUACUACUACUACUACAACAACUACUACUACUACUACUACUACUACUACUACUACUACUACUACUACUACUACUACUACUACUACUACUUCUACUGCUAACAAUAAUAUUAACAUAAUGAACAUGAAGAUGAAGAAGAUAAAAAAGUAGAAGAAAAAGUUGAUGUUGAAAAGUUGAAAUGUUACUACUACUACUACUACUACUACUACUACUAAUAAUAAUAAUAAUAAUAAUAAUAAUAAUAAUAAUAAUAA